CGCUCCUUCGGGCGGGUGCAGAAAGAAGGGCGGGCCGCCCACUUCUCUCCCGCGAGGCGUCGCUGCGUGUCUCGCCUUCCUGAGGAAACUCGUCUCCGCUGCACGCCGGGGAGUGUUGGGGUGGGAGGGAGCCGCCGCCAGCGUCAGCCUUGGCCCAUGGAGCGGUUGACGUUACAGCCGGGAGCCGCUGCAUCCAUUGAUGAGUACCUGGAGUAUAAGAGAAUUGUAGGUGAAGAUGAUGGAGGGAAACUCUUUACCCCUGAAGAAUAUGAACAAUACAAGAAAAAAAUCUUACCAAUACGCUUACAAAACAGAUUAUAUGUGAGCUGGAGAUCACCAACUGGCAUGGAUUGUAAACUUGUGGGUCCAGAAACUCCCUGUUUUUGUACGCACAGGUAUAAGCAACACAAAACAGACUUUGAAGUGAUUCCAAAAGAACGCCCUAUUCCUGUCCCUUGUAAAGUGAGCCAAUGUCCAUGCAAAUGUUAUAACUUUGUCCCACUGAAUGGCACUCAGCCCAUCCGUUGUAGAUGUAAGCAUUUUGCUGAUCAGCACAGUGCAGGACCUGGGUUUCCAUGUAACACAUGUUCCAAAUGUUCAGGGUUUCACAGCUGUUUUACCUGUGGAUGUGGUCAGCCCGCAUACGCUCAUGAAACAGUAGUGGAAACAAAAGAGGAGCGCUUGGCCCAAGGAAAACCAGUGGGGCAAGAUGUUCCUUUUGCUGCAAUGGGAGGUCUAACUGGCUUUAGUUCACUUGCAGAAGGCUACAUGAGACUCGACGAUAGUGGAAUAGGAGCACCUUCAGCUCAGUUCCUAGAAUUUCCUACAACCAAUACGGAUCAUCCCUUUUUAAGAGCAUUUCAAGGCCCAUCGAGUUCUGCACAAACAUACUCCCUGCUGACAGAUGUUAAAGCAAGAGAAGGCUGCAAAACAGAAAUCAAAAGGUCCUGUGACAUCAAAGAAUUAGUGGCAAUAAAUAAAACAAAGGAAUGCCUUUUAUUAAGUAUCACUUCGUGGCACAUUGCUAUGUCUUCCUUAGGGUUGUAUAACCAAUGCUGGAAGACACCCAUUGAAGUAACUAUGAAGUUAGUCUAAUAUUGGAUAUAACCCAUUGGAUGUAACCCUCAUUUCAUGCUUGUUUAUAUUUUUCUGUUUCUGUUAAUUUUGUUGCAUUUAAUGUAAAUAUAAUAAAAUGUGCUAGUGUGUCUAUUCCUUUUCAGGCAAGGCAGCAAAAUGAUUUAAUCCAACUCCCUUCAUGCCCUAUAAGGUAACUCUCCUAGAUAAUGGAGCAACUCUAGGAUUGAAGAUGGAAGACAAAACUGUAAAUUAGCAGAAAUUACACUAUUAUAUCAGAUUUGUAAAAUUUAUAAGUUUUUUAUCAGCCUAUUUUAUACCAAUUGUGUAUUUUCUGUCUUUUAAACUGUUAUUUCUCUCUAAU